AUGGAAAGGACCGAGCUGAUCCAGAAGGCCAAAUUGUCAGAGCAGGCUGAGUGCUAUGAUGACAUGGCAGCCAGCAUGAAGGCUGUUACAGAAUUUGGUGAGGAACUGUCAAAUGAAGAGAGAAAUCUCCUUUCUGUAGUCUAUAAGAAUGUUGUGGGAGCACGGAGGUCUGCUUGGAGGGUCAUCUCUAGUAUAGAGCAGAAGACAGAGUGCUCUGACAAGAAGCUGCAGAUGGUGAAAGAAUAUAGGGAGAAAGUGGAAUCAGAGCUCAAAACAAUCUGUGGAACUGUCUUGACUUUACUUGACAAAUACUUAAUAGCAAGCUCAACCGUCCCAGAGAGUCAAGUCUUUUAACUGAAAAUGAAAGGAGAC